GGCCGGAAGCUGGAGGUGUUCCCCGGCAGAUUUAAAAGUUCAUGACGUCACUCCCUAUUGAGCUCGUGUGCUACUGUUUUGUCAGCGAUAUUAGUACUAGUAGCUGUUUGAUGACUGUCCGGCCGGGUCUGCAGCUGAUCGGCUUGUGAGGAGCGCCAUCUCUCAGGACAGGUCUUCAUUAACAUAAGCAAAAUUGCAAGCAUGGCUGUCGAUGAUUACGAGGAGCUGCUAAAACAUUAUGAAUUACAUAACACUAUUGGGACAGGAGGCUUUGCAAAAGUGAAGCUUGCGACCCAUCUUCUUACUGGUGAAAAAGUGGCCAUCAAAAUCAUGGACAAAGAUUCCCUAGGGGAUGAUUUGCCUCGAGUCAAAACAGAAAUUGAUGCAAUGAAGAAUUUAAGCCACCAACAUGUCUGUAGACUCUAUCAUGUAAUCGAGACUCCAAAGAAGAUCUUCAUGGUGCUUGAGUACUGUCCUGGCGGUGAAUUAUUUGACUACAUUAUUGCAAAAGACCGACUAACUGAAGAAGAAGCUAGGGUUUUUUUCAGACAGAUCGUAUCUGCUGUCACCUAUAUCCAUAGUCAGGGUUAUGCUCACAGAGAUCUCAAACCAGAAAAUCUCCUUAUUGAUGAAGAUCAGAACUUGAAGUUAAUAGACUUUGGUCUCUGUGCAAAACCAAAGGGAGGAAUGGAUUAUCACCUGAUGACCUGUUGUGGUAGCCCAGCAUAUGCAGCCCCUGAAUUGAUACAAGGAAAAGCUUAUAUUGGCUCUGAGGCCGAUAUCUGGAGCAUGGGUGUGCUUAUGUAUGCAUUGAUGUGUGGCUACCUUCCCUUUGAUGAUGACAAUGUAAUGGUGUUGUACAAGAAAAUAAUGAGGGGAAAAUAUGAUAUCCCAAGAUGGCUUUCUCCUGGCAGUGUGUUACUUCUCAGCCAAAUGCUUCAGGUGGAUCCCAAGAAAAGGAUUUCGGUGAAGCAUCUCUUAAACCAUCCUUGGCUUCUGCAAGGAUAUAACUGUCCUAUCGAAUGGUACAGCAAAUGCCCCCUUGGCUACAUGGAUGAAGACUGUAUUACAGAGAUGUCUGUUUACUUCAAGCACAGCAAAUCUACCAUGUCAAACCUGAUAUCAGAGUGGAAUUAUGAUCAUACAACAGCCACCUAUUUAUUGCUUCAACUAAAGAAAAUUCGAGGAAAAGCAGUUCGUUUAAUAAGUUCAGUCGUUGUGGAACCCUCUGCCUCCAGUUUUAAGGAACUUCAGUUAAGGCAUAAGCUGAAUUUUGAUGAUUUCAAUCAAGGGGAAUUUCCAUAUGUGUUUGGAUCCAUGGAAUUUUCUGAUGAUGAUCUAUUUUAUGAGGAGCACACAUGCAGCACUACUGAAAAAAUCAGUUCAAAGGAGUUUUCUGGAUAUCGUUCUGAGCUUCACAGUGUGGACUCUUCCCCUGCAACGCCAAUAAAGUCUAUGAUGCCAACAAAGAAAAGUGAAAAUAAGGAAAACUCUGACUCAAAAUUGCCCAAAAAUGAAGGCCCCUUUUUGCAGCCAGCUCCUUGGACACCAGCCUCCAAGAAGAAAGGAGUAUUGACUACCCCCAACAACAAUAUUUUGGCUCCUGCAAAAGACAAAAGCUGCUCAAUUAAAGAAACUCCCACAAAGAAACCAUUUCUGCUGAGUAACGAAAUUACAUCAUCUGUUAUAAGUCCUGAAAGGCGUUGUCGUUCUGUGGAUUUGGAUUUAAAUCAAGCACAUCUUGACAGUGCUCAGAAGAAAAAAGGAGGAAAGGUAUUCGGCAGUCUGGAAAGAGGACUAGAUAAAGUCAUUACAAUGCUGACGCCAAGCAAGCGAAAAGGAUGUACAAGAGAUGGACCCAGAAAACUCAGGGCCCAUUAUAAUGUGACGAUGACAAAUUUACUCAAUCCUGACCAUAUGCUAAAUGAGUUAACUAGAGUUCUUCCACUGAAGAACGUGGAUUAUGUCCAGAAGGGGUAUACCCUGAAAUGCAAAACCCAGUCUGAUUUUGGAAAAGUGACCAUGCAAUUCGAACUAGAGGUGUGCCAGUUGAGCAAACCAGAUGUAGUGGGCAUUAGAAGGCAGCGUCUUAAAGGUGAUGCCUGGGUUUACAAGAGACUAGUGGAAGACAUCCUGUCAAGCUGCAAGUUAUAACUGUUACCUGCUAAAAAUUGAACAUCAGGUGUUUAUAAAGGUCUCUUCUGUACUAUAUAUCUGUACAUUUGUACAACUGUAGGGCAUGAAUCGUUUGGUAAUUAUGAGCAAACAAUUUUGUUAAUAUUUGUAAAAAAAAUAAUAGUUUUAAUUGUCUUUUUAUGUUCUUUAAAUGUCUGUCCUGAUUUAUGUUUUGGAAUAAAACACUAAAAUGAACCACU